AUGUAUCUUCUCCAACUGCCUCCCGAGCUUAUAAUGGAGAUCUUCAGUUAUGUUGGAUCGGGGUACUUCCGCUGGAACAUGUCACGUCUUUCGGUCUGCAGGCAGUGGUAUUAUUUUGCACGCCUUGCUUGCUUCCAGGAUCUCUACAUUUCACAAUAUAUACUGGAUCGAUUGGCCCGCUCGCCAUAUUUGCAGGAAAACCUAUGCUCAAUUGAGGAGAGUGUGGAGCACCUGGAUCUGCUAUUACCCAGCUACGAAGAAGAACGUAAUAGAAUUGCGAGACAGCGUGGUCAUUGGUGCAUUGCUUCAUCUUCGCCUGAUGCCACAGGCUGGGCAUCUGAGCAGAAUGCCAAUCUCGCACGGCUCGCCGCUGCCAUCAAACAUUCGAAUAGACUGCGAUCCCUGCGUAUCUGCUCUCUCCCUGUUCGCCCUGUCAAGGGAGUGUUCGAUCAAUUGCUAAAUAGUGCCGACCUAUUCCGAAAUGAGUUGCUCCCGUUUUUGACAGCCGGCAAUCUGACGUGUCUUGACUUGGAUCUUUGGAGAGACAGGGACAUAUUGAGAAAGACUGAACGCGAAUAUGGACAUGGUCAUCACCUCUGUACGAUGAUUUCCAAGCAUCUUAGUACGCUUCGGCGUUUGCGAGUACGCAUGCAACCCAUCUGUCCAGAUGUCUUGAAAAUCAAAGAAGAAAACAACAAGCUGCGCCUUAGUGACGUUGUUAUCAACAUAAUAGGGACAGAUCGGUCCCCGUUCGAAGAUGGAGUACGGGGCUACUACUUUGGAACGAUUGAAGCAGCAGGCAAAAAUUCUAGUGACCCAGAUGGCAGCCCCGAAAAUGGUGAGGAUCCUGACAGAUCAUCAUUCGAGGAACCGCGUACUUGCGCUGGACAUUUUGACCGGCAAAAGGAUCGCGGUGCGUGA